AAAACAUAUGAUUCCACCGUGAUGAGAACUUCUGAAUACUCCACUGAACAGCAGCAGGAGAUAGUGAUUAUUCUGGAACCCACCUGGCUCGACCCCAUCUUCCCCUACUUGGGGGCGGCUGUGAUAGUGUUGCUGAAUGUGCUGUUUGGCACUGAGAUUUCUCUCAAGGACAUCCGUUUUAUACUCAUGAGACCCAAGCCUCUAAUCGCAGCUGCAUUGUGUCAGUUUGUGCUUCUACCUCCAUAUGGGCUAGGAAUUGCGCGCCUGCUGGGUUUUGAGGCGGACAUUGCUCUGGGGGUGCUGAUGGUGGCAUGCGCGCCCGGAGGAGGCAUCAGCAACACUGCCAGUUAUCUGGUCGAGGGGGAGGUCCCCCUCUCUAUCUCCAUGUCCUUCUUCAGCACCGCCAUUGCGGCCGGUACAAUGCCCUUGAACUUGUUCAUCUACGGCCGAUUCAUCUCAGAUGACCCCAGCUUUACAGCCGGAAACAUCCCGUACGGGACACUCAUCCAGGGUCUGGUGGCUAUUGCUUUACCAGUGUGUCUCGGAAUGGUCCUGAUAGCCAAAGCGAGGAAGAUGACUCUGGCUGUUAAGAAGUACGCCAAGCCAGUUGUGCUGUUGCUACUGCUAGUCUACAUAUCAAUUGCGCUGUACAAGAGCUCCUUUGCGUUCAAACUUUUCUCACUGCGGGACUAUCUAGGAGGUUGUCUGCUGCCUCUGGGGGGCUUUGUACUUGGCGGUGUUGCUUCUUUGAUUCUGCAACUGCGCUGCUCACAGAUUAAAACUAUAUCACUCGAAGUUGGUAUGCAGAAUUCGAUGAUUGUAGUUACGAUGACCAAUUUUGUGUUCGAUCCUCCACAGUCGAAUCUGAACUCGCUAAUGCCCAUAAGCAUAGCCAUAAUGACCAUGCUAGUGUCCAUACCUCUCUUCAUAGUCCACUUACUGGCUAAGAAGUACAUUGCUAAAUACAGAGACGUGUGUGACGAGAAUAAAAGUGAACAGCUAAGACAACGACAGAAGUUCGAAGGACUCGGAGGCACAAUUAGACGAAGAUUAAGCAGUGUGAGUGUGAGUAGUCGUGGCCAUCCGAAUACAAAAGGAGGGGGGACUGGAGUGGCUGUUGAUCCGACCAUGGACACAAUUCCAGACGAGGGAGAAGAGGAAGAGUUCACGAGGAAGAGCGACCAAGAAAAAGUAACCGUCGAUGUGAAUGAAAAAAACCAAACCCAUUUGUAAAUUAUUCUAUAAAUAUAUGACCUGGAAAUAUUAGUAGAGAACAA